GGGGAGGUAAGCGGGGUGGAAGUACCUCUAUGGGCCGGGUCAGACUCGGUGUUUGCGGACUAUCCUAAUAGGGCAAGCCACCUACUCCUUAACGCAAACAGCUUCUGCCCUCUGUCCUCUGAAUCCCAGCCACUCCCAUCUUAGGCUUUUUUUUUGGUGGGGCCUGUGGAGGGGGGCGGAAUCGGAAUAACAAGCUCCGUGGCCUCCAAAGUGGGGAAGAGGCAGGCAGCACCGUGUCUUCGGACCCAGACUAUGAACUGAUUUAUGACGCUCAACUUGAGUUUUGAGUUUGCGUUUGCCUUGGAAGCCGUGUGGCAAGAUUCUGGGAAAAUUCUCCGUUUCUCCGAAGAAGAGAGUAAGUUCCCUUGGAGGAACUGCUUCCUGUAGGGCAAGAACUGAAAAAUGCAAGCGCCCUGAACCUUUUUGGAUGCCACUGGAGUCAUCCUCUUCAAUGCCGCUAUCCUUCCCAUCUCUCUUACCCUCAGUACCACACAAUACUAACCCUUCCCCUCCUCCGAUGUCUUACAUCACCUCCCAGGAGAUGAAGUGUAUUCUUCACUGGUUUGCCAAUUGGUCAGGUCCCCAGCGUGAACGUUUCCUAGAGGACCUGGUAGCUAAGGCAGUGCCAGAAAAAUUACAGCCAUUGCUGGAUAGUCUGGAGCAGCUUAGUGUGUCUGGGGCAGACCGACCACCUUCUAUCUUUGAGUGCCAGCUACAUCUUUGGGAUCAGUGGUUUCGAGGCUGGGCUGAGCAGGAGCGCAAUGAAUUUGUCAGACAGCUGGAGUUCAGUGAGCCAGACUUCGUGGCAAAGUUUUACCAAGCAGUGGCUGCUACAGCUGGUAAGGACUGAUAGGCAUUCAGACCAAAGAAGAUAACCAUAGCUGAUGGAGCCAAGGCCAUGACUCUCUACAAUGAUAAUUCAAAUGUGUCAUCUAAAGCUCUGGAACUGGUAUUCGGACCAGCUGACUGAACUCACUGACCAGUAUAGGCAUGGUUAUUUCAACAGUAAUAGCAUGUCAACUGGACUCCUAUUUGUAAAUAUUAUCAAUCUAAGCAAUCCCGCUUAUCAGUCUACUAGUUUGCUUCUUUCCAAGAGAUGUCAAAUGCUCAAGAAUUUGAUGGCUUCUUCUGCAGCUAUAACCAAAAAGAACCUACACAUUAUAACUCAGGCCCACUGCUGGCUCAUGAAGUGUGUAAAGUAGAACCCUCCUUCCCCAGAAAUAAGACAGGACAAUAAAAGGUGGCAUUUUUAUAAUUUACCUGGAUUCCAUUGGCUGGUUUUACCACUCCUAUCAGAUUCUAGUGUAAUUGUGUGAUACCCAAACCAUUAGUUUUCCCAGUGAUGAUUUAAUAAAAUUAUGAAAAAUCA